AUGUCGAUGCACUUUGCUCCCCAGUGGGUCAAGCCCAUUAAGCCUACCGGAUCGGCGCUUGCGCCAGCAUCCGACACGCUUCUUGCGCAGGUUCCCAAACAGCCAGCCGCUCCCGUGUCACCCUUCCCCGCCCUGGGUCAGCCUCGCGCCGGCUCGCCUACGGCUGCCGCGUCCUCCAACCCGCCCCUCUCGUACUCGCGCGUCACUCACGCUCCCGCUUCCCCCUCGUUCUCCGGCGAAGGCUACUUCCCUCACGCUGGAGAUGGAGCGAACGGCGGCGCCAACCCCAGCCCCUACCCCUUCCGCUACUCGCGCGAGCAGAUCCUCGGCAUCUGGGACGAGGACAAGUUCAAGGAGCGCCCUAUCGAGCUCAUGCAGAUGGCGGAGACGGAUAAUGGUCAUGUGCUCGUGAGCAAGGCGAUCGUGCAGCCUGUCGGGCUGCGCGAGCUAUCCGAGGUGGAGAAGAGGAUCCUUUCGACUUCUGUUCACCCUCCUGUUGUGAGCCGUCGCCAGCCGCAGGCGCACACAGGCACUUCGCACGGGAAUAAUCCUGGCGAAGCUGCGCUCCCCCGUCGCGUUCCCCAGCCUGCGAUGAAGGAGACGACGAACCUCAACACUGCUCCAUCGCGCAGUACAGCUUUUGGUGGCUUUGGACGCGGCGAGGGCGGUGCGUUUGGCGGCUCCAAAUACACCAGUGGUGCUUUGGGCGAGGGCCGCCAGCCAGGCGCCAUCGGCGGCGGGUUUAGCGGGGUGGGCAGGCGGACCACACGUCGUGAGGAGGACCCCACUCGCCCUUCCCCGGCUUCGGCGGCUCCCUCGUGGCGCUCUGUUCGCAACCAGUCGGGCACUUUCGAAGGUGUCCUGGGCUUCGGCAACUCGUCAGUUGCCCCGACCAUUGACCCCGCUCCAGCCAACGGCCGCCAGGAUAGCGAUCGCGGUUGGGGUGCCGCCGAAAAGCAGUGGCGCGCGGCCCCCAACGACGAGCGGCCCCUGAGCAUCCCUACCACCGAGCCGUCGACGCAGUCAGUCAUUGCCACCGCGUCGGCAACGCCAGUGGGGGAGCGUGACGCGCAACUUCGCGAGAACACUCCCGGCCUUCGCAGUGGCACACAGACCCCUCAGGCGCAGGAAACUCAAGACCUGGGUAACGUCAACUGGUACUACCGUGAUCCCAACGGCCAGGAGCAGGGUCCGUUUACUGGCACCCAGAUGCACGAGUGGUACUCGCACUCGUACUUCCAAGAUGAGCUACCUGUCCGCCGCGAGAACGAGACGUCUUUCCACAAACUCUCGGAGCUCAAGGCAAACACCAACACCGCUGUCCAGCCGUUCCUCGCGCCGGUGCGCCCUCGCCUUCCCCCCAACCUCCCGAUCCCCGUCUCCGCGCUCCAGGCUCCAGGACCAGCGGCAGGCAGCGCACCAUCCACGGGCGGCCUGAACGACACGUUUGGCCGUCUCAACAUGGGUAACCUUCCGGCACCGCAGCCCCAGUACCACCCCAAUGCGUACCAGGGUGGCCAGUUCGGCCAGCAGGCUCAGUCCAACAACCAGUUCACUUCAGCGCCCCUCGGUAGCCAGCAGUGGAACCCGGCUCCUGGCACUCAGAGCCCCGCUCGAGUCAACGGCGCGUACGGCUCGAUCGGUCCCCAGCCUGCAUACUCGCCCUACGGCGGCCCCAUCGGUACCCCUCCCAUCCAACGUCCGGAGGUGUUUGCCUCCCCCAUCGGCCAGCCCUCGCCUUGGAGCGCUGCGACUGCCAACCCCGCCAUCCACUGGCAACAGCAGCCUGUCCAGCAGCAGAUGCCGCCAGUCCCGAUUGCUCACCAGCCUCAACAGCAAUUCAUCCAGCAGCAGCCCACGAUUCCCCAGCAGCACGCUACUACGGAGCCGUCGUACUUCCCGCCCAUCGAGGACAUCCUCCCCGAGCAGACCGCUCCGACGGAGGAGUACGACGACGCGCAUGACGAGACUAUGGUCGAGGACUACCUGGACUCGGACCACGAGUUUGAGGACGACCUCCUGUCCCAGGCUGAUGUCCAGGAGGAGCAGGAGCAGGAGCAGGAGCAGGAGAUCGUCGAGAAACAGCCUGGGGAGAAGGAGGAGCUUGCCCAUAAGCCUGCUCCGGCCUCCGUCAGGGCCAAGACGCCCAAGUCCACCCCUCGCAAGGCCGCGAACGAGCUCACUCCGGCUCAGGCGUCCAAGCUCCCUCCUCCUCACGCUUCUCUUCCUCCCAAGCCUACUGCCGCGCCCAUCAUGAGCGACGCGAUCAAGGAGCUCUCGUCGCCGCCGCCCGCUCUUGCGAUGCCGGUCGAGAGGUCCACACCCAAGGCUGCGCCUUGGGCCACCGCUGACAAACAAGCCCACGGUCCGUCGCUCCGCGAGAUCCAGGAGGCGGAGGCUCGCCAGUCGGCCGCCCGCAAGCAGGCCCGAGUCGAGGCACGCGUUGCAUCGCAGGCCACUAUCGUAUCCUCCAACGAAGACCUUCCGACUUCCAUGACGUGGGGUCUUCCCUCCAGCAAGGGCUCGGUUCCCCCUCCUUCGUCGUCCACGCCUCCCACGCCCGCGUGGGGUGGUGGAUCCGAAGGCCCUAAGAAGACCCUCAAGCAGAUCCAGGAGGAGGAGGAGCGCCGCAACCUGAAGCUCGCGCGCCAGCAGCAGGCAGUCGUCACGGCCGCCACACCGACUACCAAGCGCGGAUACGCCGACUUGGCUGCGACUCACGCUCCGACGCCCGCACAGGCUGCUGCCGCCGCCGCUGCGGGUUGGACGACCGUGGGCGCCGGUGGCAAGAAUGCAGCGACGCCCGUCAAGCCCGCUCCCCUCCCUCCCAAGCCGGUCACCACCGUUAAGCCUGUCGCGGCUGUCGCCAAGCCGGCGGCCAAGGCCCCCGUCGCCGACGAGCAGCCAAGCAUCGAGUUCAUUCGCUGGACCAAGCAGGCGCUCACGGGUCUCUCCGUGCCCGUCGACGACUUUAUCUCGAUGCUCCUCACCUUCCCCGUCGACCCGCCGGCGUCCAGCCGUGGCGAGCAGCAGGAGAUUAUCGCGGACUCGGUGUACGCUAGCAGCUCGACGCUGGACGGUCGCCGCUUCGCGCAGGAGUUUAUGACGCGCCGCAAGGCUGACGCCAAGCGCGACACGUCCAAGCCUGUCGCCAAGAUUGGCAGCCUCGCUGACGUUGUCAAGACCCAGUCGAAGGCGCCAGCGGCGGAUGUUGGCUUCAAGGUCGUCAAGGCCAAGAAGAAGCGCUCUUAG